CCCCCCCCUCGCGUCCCCCCCGUGCCCCCCUCGUGACCCCCCCUCGCGUGCCCCCCCCCCCCCAGCAGCGAUGGGGAAGCGAGACCGGGAGCGCGGAGACAAAGACAGGAAGCGCUGGAGGAAGCGCAAAGAUGAGGACGAGGAGGAGGAGGCGGCGGCUAAUGAGGAUGAAGAUCAGCAAGAGGCAGUCCCGACUGCUGCUGGUCGGCAGGUGGAGACGGCAAACACAAUAAUCGACGAAUUUGGAGCCAAAGAUUACCGCUCACAGAUGACCCUCAAACAAGACCACUCGUCACGCCCCCUCUGGGUGGCACCCGACGGCCACAUCUUCCUGGAAGCCUUCUCGCCCGUGUACAAGUAUGCACAUGACUUUUUGAUUGCAAUCGCGGAGCCUGUGUGCCGGCCGGCACGUAUACAUGAGUACCGGCUAACGGCGUACUCCCUGUAUGCCGCUGUGAGUGUCGGCCUCCAAACCUCUGACAUCAUAGAAUACCUCCAGAAACUGAACAAGACCAGCAUUCCUGAUGGAAUACUCACCUUCAUUAGGCUCUGCACAGUCAGCUACGGAAAAGUCAAACUUGUACUGAAGCAUAACAGGUAUUUUGUGGAGAGUGCCUUUCCGGACGUGAUUCAGCAACUGCUGCAGGAUGAUGUGGUGAAGCAGUGUCGACUGCGCUCUGAGGAGGGGGAGACACCCCUCAUCAACGAAACAUUUUCUGGCAAAUCAGCCCUACAACUGAAUAAACCAAGCACCACUAGCUCGGGAGGAGCUGAUGGAGCCUCCACAUCCCAGGGGCAGACUUCAGAACAGACAGAAGCACAGACAGUUGUCCCAUCAGACAUAUUCCACUUCUAUGAGCAGAUGGACAAGGAGGAUGAGGAUGAGGCUGUGGAGACCCAUACCGUCUCCUUUGAGAUCAAACAGGACACAAUUGAACUUCUCCAGAAACGCUGCAUUGAAAUGGAGUUUCCAUUGUUGGCCGAGUACGACUUCCGAAAUGAUGCAGUCAACCCAGACCUUGAUAUUGACCUUAAGCCCACUGCUGUGCUGCGGCCUUACCAGGAGAAGAGCCUCCGGAAGAUGUUCGGCAAUGGCCGAGCCCGUUCGGGAGUCAUUGUGCUGCCAUGUGGUGCUGGGAAAUCGUUAGUGGGUGUGACAGCAGCAUGCACGGUCAGAAAGCGCUGUCUUGUACUCUGCACAUCUGCGGUGUCAGUGGAACAGUGGAAGGCUCAAUUCCGGAUGUGGUCAACGGCAGAUGAGAGCCAAAUCUGCCGGUUUACUUCUGAUGCCAAGGACAAGCCAUCGGGUUGUGGAAUCGCCAUUAGCACAUAUUCGAUGCUGGGCCACACGACAAAGCGAUCUUGGGAGGCAGAGCGUGUCAUGGAUUGGAUGAAGAGCCAGGAGUGGGGACUAAUGCUUCUGGAUGAGGUCCACACCAUUCCAGCUCGCAUGUUCCGCCGGGUGCUGACCAUUGUGCAGGCGCACUGCAAGCUGGGCCUUACGGCCACACUGGUGCGCGAGGACGACAAGAUCGUUGACCUCAACUUCCUCAUUGGCCCCAAACUGUACGAAGCCAACUGGAUGGAGCUGCAGAAUGCUGGUUACAUUGCUAAGGUGCAGUGUGCCGAGGUGUGGUGUCCCAUGACCCCGGAAUUUUACCGGGAGUACGUGUCAACCCGGACCAAGAAGCGGCUGCUGCUCUAUGUAAUGAACCCAAACAAGUUCCGCGCCUGCCAGUUUCUGAUCCGCUUCCACGAGCGCCGCAACGACAAGGUCAUCGUGUUUGCAGACAACGUGUUUGCACUCAAGGAGUAUGCAGUACGGCUCAACAAGCCAUAUAUUUAUGGGCCAACUUCACAAGGCGAGCGUAUGCAGAUCCUACAGAAUUUCAAGCACAAUCCCAAAAUAAACACCAUCUUUAUUUCAAAGGUUGGCGACACAUCCUUUGACCUGCCCGAGGCUAAUGUGCUUAUCCAGAUCUCGUCCCAUGGAGGAUCACGGCGCCAAGAGGCACAACGGCUUGGCCGAGUCUUGCGUGCUAAAAAAGGCAUGGUGGCAGAGGAGUACAACGCUUAUUUCUACUCACUCGUAUCUCAGGAUACCCAGGAGAUGGCCUAUUCGGCCAAACGACAGCGCUUCCUUGUGGACCAGGGUUACAGCUUCAAAGUGAUUACAAAGCUUGCAGGCAUGGAGGAAGGAGAACUCAUGUUCUCUACCAAGGAUGAACAGCAACAGCUGCUUCAGAAAGUGCUCGCUGCCUCCGAUCUGGACGCUGAGGAGGAGAUCGUGGCCGGUGAAUUUGGCGGGCCUCGAUCACAGAUGUCACGGCGUGUGGGCAGCAUGAGUUCCAUGUCUGGAGCUGACAAUGCUAUGUACUUGGAGUACCAGGUCCCACGUUCCAAGUCGUCUAUGGGUGGCAAAGUGCUGCACCCUCUCUUCAAGCGCUUCCGAAAUAAGUGAGGGCAACUGCCCUCAUUUCCUUGAUGAUUUUAACACCAAAGGUAAUAAUAGACUGCCAAUCAAAGACUGCCAAAAUGGCACAGAGUGUGGAGGAAAGUUUGUUUAUAAAGUGUGGUGGGGGUUUAAGGCAUUUGUAACUUUGUAUAUGUUUCCUUCCUAGCCAUUCGUUUUCUGUAAAUGCAUAUGCAGAACUUGCGUGUAAAUGAAUACGGAGUCAAAACAGGGUUUAGCUUUUCUUGAGUAAUACUAGAGAUGUUAUAAAGUUGUUCACAUUAAAAUGACUUAAUGGUUUAACAAAAUGACAUUACAAAAACUGCAUGUGGGUUGUACAAUUGAUGGUUGGGGGUUUCAUGAGACAGAUUUUUACCUAUUAAAAUCUUUAUCAAAUACCAUGUUAGUUUAUACGAAAAGAGCGCUAGAGCCUUGUAAAAAAAAUCUUGAAAAAUAAAAAAUACUUAAGUAAAUUGCUUGCAAUUUGUAAUGGGCAUUUCUCCAACCAUGAAACUUGACUGCUAUAUGCUGAAUAAUAAAUUUUGUUAAUUGCAAAUAAAAGUUAAUUGAUAUUCCUGAGCAGUAUAAAGGCAGUAAUUAUGGCGUUUGCCAAAACUUUAAAGGUUCCUGGUUUAUCCAUUGAGUAAUGCUGUCAACACUUCCUGUAUAUCGUGGAAUCAAAGUGCUUCAGUGAAGCACAUUAUUGUGAAGUUAAGUUUCUGGAAUUGUUCUUUCACAUUCCAAAUCAAAUUAAAACGUCAAUAAUUAGCAAAAGUGACCACCAGAUAUAAUGGAAAAUAUCUUUCAUUCCACAUGCACACAUCAGGUGAAUGUGUAUAACACAUAAAUAAAUGUUAUUUCAUUUGCAAGUCUCAAAAGUAGAUACAGUUAUAGUAAAGUUUUUGCAAGAAUAUAGAUGGUGUAGCGUAGUGCAUGAGGCAGGUUUACACAUGUAUAAGGCACAAAUUUGGCUGUUUUCCACAAUACAUAAACAGUUAAAACAGAAAGUCAAACACAAUUCAGUUGCAGAUAAACUGUUGAAAGGAUAAACAUAAAAAAAUACAAUUCACAUUCCCAGUAGAAAACACUUAGGCAAGUAGAGAUGUUUCCCUUUAAAUCACAUGCAAGUUUUGCAGCUUAUUAAUAAAAGUAAGCAGCACAGUUGAAGGGUGCCACUCGCUACGCUUUGUGUAUAUAGUCCAGAGUGAUCAAAUGGUGGCAGUGUGGGCCCAGCCCCAGCAUCAUCUACGGGGACAUCAGUAGUGCUGGGGGUUGAGCUGCCUUAGCACCCCGAGGACGAUCUCCCGCAGGGUCUGCAAUGGCAACAUAACACUCCUGUCAUUGAUUUGUGGCCGCUUUCACAACUGUUUACAACAGCUACAUUUAAAGCUAAUUCACAAUUGUAUGUAUCUGUUCACAUCCGAGUUAAGUGGCAACGCCCAAAGCAUUCACUGCAGGUGCUGGUUAGGUUACACGUACCUGUGGCUUGCAGUGCUCCUCCAACCAACUGAAGACACAGGCAGACAGCUCCUGGAAGCUGGACACUGCAAUGGAGGCAUUGAAGGACUGGAACAGAGUAUCCAUGAUACCCUGGAAGAUGCUGAACUUCACUUCAUCUGACACCUGCUCCUGGCCCUGCUGUGGAUUGCUCUGGUGGGCACGCACAAUCUGCUCGUAGUUCCUGCAACAAUACAAAUAAACGUGCAAUCGUUGAUACCCUAUGGAGAUUUGCUAUUGCUUACACAACAAUGGGGCAAAUACAGGUAAAUGAUAAUAAAUGAUUUUCCGUAAGACUCUUACGAUUUCAUGAUUUUUAGGGCAAGAACUUCUUUCCGCAGAGUUGACAACUCCUCCUCCUGCUUCUUCUUCUCCUUGUGGAGGAAAUGUAUGUAAUCGAUGGCUGCAACAAUAAUACACACAACAGUGCACAAAGCUGGGCAUUACCCUUUAAAAAAUAAUCUUAGUCAUGAAAAGUUUUGCAAAACUGGUAAAAGCAAAACACAAUUUAGCCAUGAAGGUGCACAAUUAACAGCAACAAAGUGAAAUACGUACAACGCUGGAGCACAGUGGCUUUACUCAUUUUCUGGGAGCCAAUGAGGUCCUGCUGCGUACAGGUGGGCACAAUGGCCUGCAGAUCUUCAUAGCCUUUCUGUAAAGACAAUUGUUCUUCAGCCAAGCACAGUAUACAGGCAAAAAUGCAGACUACAGCAACCAUUUUACACGGGAGAUGCUGCAUUGACCAUAGGUUUGAUAAAACAUCAAGUUCUUCACAGUAUUAAAAGGAACAAUACCUUAAUGGCAUCCCGUCGCUUUUGCUCAGCCUGGGUGUGAGCUUGACGCCGGCGGUCUUUGUACGUCAGCUCUUGCCUGUAGUCGCUGUCUUCAUCAUCUGCACACAGAGGGGAAGCAAGGCAAGCCUUCCAUCAUAACAAGUGCUUGGCUAUUUUCCAACUGCAUGGGCUUUACCCGACAGCUUUGUUAUUGACACUGCACAAUUGGCGUAAUACACAAACCUGUGUUGGGAACGGAGGAAGCACUGUUGGAGCCCGUGUUGGAGUUGAUGCUGUUGGUACGUGAAACAACUCCUCCCUUGACUAUGCUAUCUGCAAAGACUGAGACAGUGAAACAGCAAAGUACCAUUAAUACUGAUUUGCAGCCAACAAAUCCCAACCUCAAAUGUCAAUAUAGAAGUGAUGUUUCUCAAGAUAAAGCACUGGAUUAUCAUUAACAUACUUUUUCUACUUGUUUGAAGGCCUCAUGCCAUUACCAUGCAAUGCUGCAUUCCAUCAAACUUCAGUGCAUGAAUUAUGACUGUCUCAUCGUUCAAUCUCUGGAAGUAUUUCAAACAUGCGUCCUCAUUUAUGCUCCACUACAUAAUAAGUCGACCACAGACCCUCUUCUCGUGACGUGCCCUGCCUGAGCCCACUUAAGUCAAUAUGUCUUUAACUGAUAUGUCCUCUAAUCAGUGUUAUUUUUAUCAGUCUAAGCAUACACAUCUCCAUGCUUAUUUGAGCACUUUGCAGAUUGUUCUACUUUCUUUUCAAUGGCCAUGUUUCUGAUCCGUAUGUCAAAUAGAUAAUAUAUAAUGAUAAAUAACGGAGGCACAUUGUUGUCUUUAAUUAUUAAACGUUUAAAAAAGUCCAA